ACAUUUGAUAGACACAAUUUGUUGUCUUCAGCCUAAGUCUAGUCCUUCCAUUAUUCGGAAAUUCUUUCCCCUUCUUGUCCUAUUUUCUCCAGGGUUCCAGGCCGACCAGAAUUGAUUGACUCAACUGUAGCAAUGAUCUUUGUUGUUAUUCACUAUCCCUGAGGGGAAGGGCCGUUGACCCAUUCACUGUAUUGCUUAUAACAUUUCAUGUACAUUUCUCAGUCUGCUCGCGUCCAAAAUCCAACCUGCAGCUAAUUACUUACAAAAGUGGAAAACAGCCACCAUGCGACUCCGUGAGAGUAUCCGCCCUCCUGAGCGCUAUGAAUCAGAGCACUUUUACACGUCGCUAGGUCAAAAGUCACUUCGCCAGCACAGAAAUCCAAACCGCCCUCCCUACAUCGAUUUCAACCCCAACCUGCCUCCUGCUGUCUUCCCCACUCUGGACUUCCCUCGCCCAGCGGUACCAGAGGCUGGCAAAUGUGCACAGAGCAAGGGAGAAGAGACCAAUAGUGGAGGCACUUUACAGCACGGUCGCGAGCAACCUGAGCAUUAUGGGGAGGACAAGGAUAGCAGAGAGGCAGGCGUCGAUCUCGUGGACAUCCCUAUCAAUCAGGUCGAGAACUACGUUGCGAGCAACGGUGACUUGAACCCAGUUUACGUCAAAAACAUGGCUACGAUGGCUGCUGCGGACUCGUCUGCGAGUGAUGACUUGCACAAUGAGACUGAUGACAUCGAGGCUCAUGAUGAGGAUGAGUCCGCGCAUGAGAUCCCUAACCCAAAGUGGAGCGAUUUAUGUCCUGGAAUGCAGGUGGAAAUUUUCGACAAUCUUCUUCAAUGCUAUACUUGGAAAGACGCGUGUUAUAGGUUAAAUCUGACAGGAGAAGAUCAAGAGAAGGUCGGAAAGCAUAUUUUUGCUCGCAAUAAGCAGAUGGAACAGGAAGAAUCUCAGAUGAAAAAUAUGCGAACGAAACAACUGAGAUCGCUCUUGAAGAUUGACAACAGUGCAAGACAUCUCCAGGAUUCGCACCAGUUUCUUUUCCGCAAAACCUCUCGAGACACCACUAGUCAUCUGCGAAGGAGUAAUAGGCCAGACUAUCUUAUGUGCCAUUCUAAAGAGGUUAUGAACGCUAAACGGUAUUUGCGCCAACAGGGCCUAAGCCCUAGAUAUGCUGGGGAUUGGGGUAACAGCAUCAGCCCUACUCAUCCCUCUGGAAUCGACCAAGAUCAUGAUAUGAGCAAUCUAGGGAAGCAGGUGAGCUGCGGGCAAUACAUGGAACUAGCCACAGAUACGACUGAUGAUGACAUGAUGGAUUUUGCGUUCGAUCAUAAAGCUCCGACUGCGAUCCCGGAUAAGCAGUCAUUCAUUAACACAAUCGGGACGGCAGCUGUUGCUAGCCCGAGGGAUAUGACGCUAUGCAGAGGUAACUUAAACACAGCCCCAAGAUGGCUGAAUCUUCUUUACCAGCAUUCUAUACGGAACUACCAGCCAGCUUUUCGGGAGAAUAAGCUUGUUUGCCUCAAAAUCGGUACCGAGCACGCCGCCCAGAUUCAUGAUACCCAGCCGAUAGCUUGCAUUCAGCCAGCGAAAUUGGUAAAACGUUUCCCUCCCAUUGAUGCUAUUUACUAUGACCCCCCUUCAUGGACCCCUGUAAUUAUUCAGAAUUAUGGAGCGAGAACUAAUCCAACAAUGCCUCCAAUACCUAGACCAUCCUUGGACGGCGAGCCACAGCCUCUACCGAGAACAAUGGGUGGAAAUUGGUCAUAUAGCUCUUUCGAAUCGCAUCCAACAACAUCUUCUAUGAGGUUCCAGCAAAAAUUGGAAGAGGCACGUCUUGAGACACAAAGGGCGAGAAGACGCGGAACGCAGCAACUUGCAGGUGGUAGAGGCUAUGGACCAUAUUUUACCCCAAGGCAAAGCCCUGAAGGCAUAAGUCGGUCAUCCUCAACCACCACUGGGGGAUUUAUGUCUCCUAAUAGCUCAGGCGAGCUUUACGGUGCAUCGAUGCAGAGUCAAAGUGAAAACUCUUCAAGAACGGUUACUUCUCUUGGGACCUCUCUUCAUGACUCUACGGAACGGAGGGCUUCUUCUGGAACUAUGAAUUUGCCAAGGAUCCCUUCCACUUCGUACCACGGCGGAGAUCUUCAAACUCAGCCCAGUGUCAUGCAUACGAUGCAAAGCGAUGAAGAGCAAGAAGGACUGAGAUGUGAAGAUGAAUACUGUACUACUGAUGACGAAGUGGUUCUUCUACCUACAGGAAAUCCCCACUAAACGAAAUGGCGAUUACGGCCACAUCCACCUGCUAGCCUUACAGACAACGCUGAUAUUCACACGGCAGAUUUCACCAAUGCUCAGGAUGGUCAAAUAAAGGAAACCUGUUUUUACUUCCCCUUUUAUUUCUUGAAGAUCUUCAACGAAUUUCACCCGGAAUGUGUUGCAUACUCGGAAUUGGGAAGCCAGUCAACAAACAUGAGACCAUUACUUACCUUGAGAAUGACAUUACAAUGGACUUUAUAGAUGUUCUUGGGCUGACUUCCCAUAUUUUUCUGUCCAUUUUGCUAAAUACAACCGCAGUCAAAAAAAGAGGGGAAAAAAGAGGUUAAACUGCUAAUACU